UUUUACCGAACGUACAAGACACCGGAAGUUCAGCGGUCGCUCUGCUCGUGUGGCUCCAUGUUGACUACAGUUUAUUUCCCAGAAAAAUAUUAAAUUGUAAAGAUUCACCGGGGAGAUAUACGAUCUUAAUCUUUUUUUAGAAUGUCCGACAACGAAGACAACUUCGAUGACGGAGAUUUUGAUGACGCCGAGGAGGAUGAAGGAUUAGAUGAUCUGGAAAACGUGGAAGAUGAGGAUCAGGAGAACGUGCAGAUCCUGCCUGCAGGAGAAGGCCAGCAGGCGAAUCAGAGGAGGAUCACCACAUCGUAUAUGACCAAAUACGAGAGGGCAAGGGUGCUGGGGACACGAGCUCUCCAGAUCGCGAUGUGUGCUCCUGUGAUGGUGGAGCUGGAGGGAGAAACUGAUCCUCUACAGAUAGCUAUGAAAGAACUGAAGAGCAGAAAGAUCCCCAUAAUCAUCCGCAGGUACCUUCCAGACGGGAGUUAUGAGGACUGGGGCUGUGAUGAGCUCAUUAUAACCGAUUAAUUCGACCACAGUUUGCACUGAAGGAGCUAUCAGUCAUACCUGCUCCAUCAUCACAAAGUGUGACAGUUAUUGCUUCCUGAUUUCAGGUGAAGUAGUGAGUACAAUGAGUUGUAAUUUUUUUAAUUGCAGCGUUAUAUGUAGGAGGCCCCGUAGAUUUAACUUCUGUCUACCACUUCUUUUUCUUCUUUUAUUUUUUCAAAAAAGGAUCCUGUGUUGUAACUGUUCCAUACAUUGUUUUUGAAAAGCGAUGGUUUGUGUAAAAGAUCUGUUCUUAUUAUGACUAUUAAUAAACUUCUUUUGUAUAAAUCUGUAAUUUAUUUCUCAAAAAAAUACUUACAG